AUGAGUUAUAAAACUAAUUGUGUCGCUUCAAAUGCUAAUACCAAUGCUUUGAAUAAUUCAAAUAAUUUAAAUAAAAUAGAAGACAAUGUCAUAUUUGAUGAAGCUUGGAAAAAAAAAAUAUUGGAGCCAUUAAAAGAUCCUCGGUAUAAAACAGAAGAUGUGACAAAAACCAAAGGAAAUGAAUUUGAGGAUUACUUUUUGAAAAGAGAACUUUUGAUGGGUAUUUUUGAAAAAGGUUAUGAAAAACCAUCGCCAAUACAAGAAGAAAGUAUUCCCGUGGCUUUGGCUGGAAAAAAUAUUUUAGCUCGAGCAAAAAAUGGGACAGGAAAAACCGCCGCGUUUGCUAUUCCGUUACUAGAAAAAUGCAACACUCAUAAAAAUUUCAUUCAAGGUUUAAUAUUAGUUCCCACGAGGGAAUUAGCUCUCCAAACAUCUGCUAUGAUAAAAGAAUUAGGAAAACAUAUGAAAAUUCAGUGUAUGGUAACAACUGGUGGUACUUCAUUAAGGGAAGAUAUUAUGAGACUUUAUAAUGCCGUUCAUAUUUUGUGUGGAACCCCUGGAAGAAUCUUAGAUUUAGCAAAUAAAGAUGUUGCGAAUUUAUCAGGAUGUCAUAUAAUGGUAAUGGACGAAGCGGACAAAUUAUUGUCUCCUGAAUUCCAGCCUAUAGUAGAAGAAUUAAUGAAAUUUUUACCAAAAGAAAAACAGAUAUUAAUGUAUUCAGCUACUUUUCCAGUCACUGUUAAAGAAUUUAGACAAAUUUACUUAUCGGAUGCUCAUGAAAUAAAUUUAAUGGAUGAAUUGACAUUAAAAGGUAUCACCCAAUAUUAUGCAUUUGUUAAAGAGCGACAAAAAGUACAUUGUUUAAAUACUCUAUUUGCUAAAUUACAAAUUAAUCAAGCUAUAAUAUUUUGCAACAGUAUAACAAGAGUUGAACUGUUAGCAAAAAAAAUUACAGAAUUAGGUUAUAGUUCUUUUUAUAUACAUGCAAGAAUGUCGCAAACACAUCGAAAUCGUGUUUUUCAUGAUUUUAGAAAUGGUGCUUGCCGAUGUUUAGUUUCCUCAGAUCUUUUUACAAGAGGUAUCGAUAUACAAUCUGUUAAUGUAGUAAUUAAUUUUGAUUUUCCUAAAAAUUCAGAAACUUAUCUACAUAGAAUUGGUAGAUCAGGAAGAUAUGGUCACUUAGGGUUAGCCAUUAAUUUAAUUACAUAUGAAGACCGUUUUAAUUUAUAUAAAAUAGAAUUAGAACUAGGAACUGAAAUUCAACCGAUCCCUAACGAAAUAGACCCAUCCAUUUAUACUUAA